GCCACCUCCAGCCAGGACCAUCCAGAAUGUGCCUAGCUUUGCAGACUACUACGACAUGGGCAAAGAAGUUAUGCCGUCAACGCAUCGAUACAUGAAGGUGAACUUUGCAGUUCGGAAAUCGGACAAGCAAGAGGUAGUGGUCAAAGUUCGCUUUAAGCCCAGUUGCUUCAGAAGCAGACAGGAUGAGAAAAAAUGGCGGCAGAACACCGAGUUCUUGCUGAACUUGCCGGGGAAUCUCGGGGUAGCAAAGAUUUACGAGGUCAUGGAGGACCCCACAGCCUUUUACAUCGUCAUGGAAAAGGUUGGCGGCCUUGAUCUCUUCGAGACUCUCGAGCAGAUGCGAAAGAUACCCGUGGCAACCACUCGGGAGAUCAUGCGGCAACUGCUAGAGUCGUUGGUGUUUCUGCAUUCGCACUGUGCGGUGCAUAAGGAUUUAAAGUUGGAAAACGUCAUGCUUGACUCGGCUGGAGAAGCCAAGUCAUCUAAGUCAAGUUUGCCUCCACAAGCUGUGAAGGUGAUCGACUUUGAUACCUUGGAAUCCUGGUGUCCCUCCGGUGCCUCAGCCAAGGAUGUUGUUGGCACUGACCAGUACAUUUCCCAGGAAGCUUACGCUGGGAAGUACUCCCCGCUGUCGGACAUUUUUGCCUGUGGGGUGAUUCUGUACAGAUUGUUGACAGGAAAAUUUCCGUUUCACGAUGAUAUGUUUGAUGAUGAGGCUGGCGAGAACUGGGUUGGCAGCCCCAAAAUGGCCCAGAUUCGGCGAAGGCUGAAAGUGGCCAAGGUGGACUUCUCCAAGGAGGUUUUCCAAGAAAACAGUGAUGCUGCCGACCUUGCAUUGGUCUAA